CCACCGCCUCGAAGGGGAAAUAUGAAGGGGAGUUGCCUUUGCCGACUCUCUCCUCUUCAGAAGAGAAGCAGCCGCAGCCAGGAGGAGAAGGCAGGCGGCAUCCGAGGGGAAGAGAAGAAGGAGAAAGCACAACUUUGGGGCGUCGGGAUGGGCAGCCCUGCCUUCGCCUUGGCUUCUGCCUGAGCAAAGUGGAAGGAAAGAAGCCGUCUUUUCCCUCAGGAGGAAGAGACCUCAACAGAGGCGGGGAAUCACCAUUGGCGUGGAGAGUUUUUGUUUUGGUUUUGCUGCGUGUGGAUUAUUCCUUGGGUUUCAAAGCUUCGAGAGAAGAAGGGGAAAGAAAGAAAGCAGGAAAGUGUGGAGCAUCAAAGGAGGAAGGGGGAAAGAAAAGAGGCUGCCACUGGAGACAUGUCCUGCCCGUGCCUCCUCCUAGAGAGCUACCUGUCCCUCGCCCUCCUCCUCCUCUUCCAAGGGCUGGGAGAAGGCUCUGCACUUCUUCAUCCAGAGAGCAGGUUUCACCCUCGAUCACUAGAGAAGAAUGCAUGGCGGACUUUCAAGGAAUCACAGUGUCAUCAUAUGUUAAAACAUCUUCACAAUGGAGCACGGAUCACUGUACAAAUGCCUCCUAUGAUCGAAGGACAUUGGGUUUCCACUGGUUGUGAAGUUAGGUCAGGCCCAGAAUUCAUCACAAGAUCCUACAGAUUCUACCAUAAUAAUACAUUCAAGGCCUAUCAGUUUUACUAUGGAGGUAAUCACUGCACAAACCCAACCUAUACCUUAGUUCUCCGUGGUAAAGUCCGCCUUCGCCAAGCAUCCUGGAUCAUUCGAGGAGGGACUGAAGCUGAUUACCAGCUACAUAAUAUACAGAUAAUCUGCCACAGUGAGGCGGUAGCUGAAAGAUUAAGUGAGCUGGUGAAUCGUACAUGCCCUGGAUUUGUAUCAGAAGGCAAACCCUGGGAGCAGAAUGUGAGCUAUGAUCUUUGGAGAGAAGAGAAUGGUUAUGAAUGCACCAAAGCACUGAAUUUCGCUAUGCAUGAACUUCAACUCAUCCGUGUGGAGAAACAAUACCUUCACCAUAAUUUAGACCACUUAGUAGAGGAGCUAUUUCUUGGAGACAUCCACACUGACCCCACUCAAAGGAUGUAUUAUCGGCCGUCGAGUUACCAACCUCCUCUGCAAAAUGCCAAGAACCAUGACCGCUCAUGCAUAGCGUGCAGGAUCAUCUAUCGGUCAGAUGAACACCACCCUCCAAUUUUACCUCCAAAGGGCGAUUUGACUAUUGGAUUACAUGGUGAAUGGGUGAGCCAACGCUGUGAAGUGCGCCCUGAAGUGCUCUUCCUUACCAGGCACUUCAUCUUCCAUGACAACAACAACACUUGGGAAGGUCACUAUUAUCACUACUCUGACCCAAUCUGCAGGCACCCCACUUUUACUAUCUAUGCCAAAGGCCGUUACAGCAGAGGAGUUCAUUCAUCGCGAGUUAUGGGUGGAACAGAAUUUGUUUUUAAAGUCAAUCAUAUGAAGGUUACUCCCAUGGACAUAGCAACAGCCUCCCUACUGAAUGUGUUCAAUGGAAAUGAGUGCGGGGCAGAAGGAUCCUGGCAAGUAGGGGUGCAGCAAGAUGUAACUCACACCAACGGCUGCAUUGCUCUGGGGAUCCGGCUCCCUCAUACAGAGUAUGAGCUCUUUAAAAUGGAACAAGAUGCCAAGGAAAGAUACUUGCUGUAUAAUGGGCAGAGGCCUAGUGAUGGAUCCAGUCCAGACAGACCAGAAAAGAGAGCCACCUCCUACCAAAUGCCCUUAAUUCAGUGUGCCCCAAGAGAAAAUAAACAAGGAUCAUUGGAAAGCGGAGCACCAGCAAGGAUUUCCUGGGCAUUUGCUUUGACCAUUAUAUUACCUGUUUGUACUUUGCCACACGUGAGCAUUCACAGCUAGAAGUUUAAAGUGAAAUUACUUUACAAUCAGGGCUGUACAGGAUUUUUUGAUACAGGGGAAUGACGGAGGGAUGGGCAUCUUUUCAGACAAAAUAAAAAAGACAUGUAUUUUCUUGAUGCACUUGAAUGCCUGAGAACUGUUGCUCACUUCCCCUCUUUGAAUCAUGAACAGCAUUCAUUUGUUUCUGCUUUGAACUUCAUCAGAUCUUAUCCAUGGCCUGACAUGACUGCACAACAGUAAUUGCACUUUAAGACUGCAAUUUCUUUCUUUGAAAAUUACGUGGAUAAACCAUCUUAUACGUUUCACUUGUCAGUGUUGCCGUUGCAGUCUUUCUUACCUACAAAAUCAGCUUCUGCUUUGGAUUUAACUAUGCAUUUAUUGUAUUGUGUCAAUACUGAUAAAUGGCAUUGUUCUUCAGCUACAGUGUAUAUAAAUGUGUGUGUAUAUGUAUAUAUACAUAAAAACUCAACUAAUGAUUAUCUAAAAUACUUUUAUAGAUUUUACAUAAAAUGAAAUGUUUAGCAUCAGGAAUGAAUGAAAAAUCAGAAUUUCAAGAAUAAUUUAAAUCAUUCUAUGUAGAUUUUUUUUGAACUUCAGAAUAAUCAACAAUUUAGACUAAUAUUCUUAUAUUAUUUCUGAAGGCAUGUUAAUUCAACAUUUCCCAGCCGUGAAGGGAAGACUGGGUUUGCAGAUUGGGUUUGCUCCUCCCACUUUUGCCAGGUAGGCUGUGGAGUCUUUCCCAUAAGCAACAUAGGAUCUCCCGGAGAGCGAGAACAGUCACCUUAACAGUCAAGAGGUAGUUUACCUUACACCCACGAUCUCUUUUUACCCCUAAAUGCUUUGAUUCCUUAAAGAUCUGACCAACCUUGCCCUUUCUACAGUGCAGUUUUCCGUCCUGCAACCUUCGUACUAUUCUGAAGGCUUUGGUGAUUCUGUCAUUUGAGCCUUGACCACCAUCAUCUUAAAGAACUCUAUCUGCAGAUCACACUCAGUAAUGCUGGCAUUAGAGACAUGGUUCAACACCAUGACAGAAUUUAGGAGGUUAUUUUUCUGUCUUUCUGUCCUCAAUCAUCAAAAGAUCUGGCACCCAUUGGGUAUGUGCCAGACCAUCUGGAUUUACUUGAAGAGCACAAAACAACUUUCAGACAUCAAACAUGCUAUUAAUCCCCUUGCAGCUACUUUCUAAGAGUAAGAAGGUCCCUAUCUCCACCUUGAAUAGAUGGAUCAGAGUGUGCAUGGUCUCAUGUUAUAAAAUUCUGGGAGUCCCCCCUCCCCCCCGGUGCUAUCACACAUUGUACUUGAAGCGCUGCCACCUCUGUCUCACUAACGGGAAUCUGUAGGGUGACCAUGGGAAAGUCAUCCUAUACAUUCAUCAAACACUAUAAACUUAAAAUCUUUGAAUCUGCUGAAACUGCCUUUGGUAGGAGUAUCCUGUAAAAAGUGGUUAAAUUCUAGGUCUUUGGAUUGUUAGCAAUGCCCUCCUUAAUCAAGGAGGCUCUGAUAACUCCCAAUCUGCAAGGGGUUCCUCAUCUGCUGGGAGAAGGAACAAUGGUUCUUACCUGUGAUACAUCUAUUCUCAGCAGAUAAGGAAUGAAUCUCUUGACCCACUAUGGAUGCUGUUGUGAAAAUGCGUUGAAAUUAUGUUGCAAUGUAUGUAGUUCUCCCUCACGGGGAGCAGGCUGACCUUUUCCCCUUCUUGAUUGACUUUCUGAGCAGUUCUUGUGUUUCCAUAUUAAUAAAUCAAGAUAGUUAUUCUUUGGAGCACUUGGUUCUUUGACUCCCUAGAAGGCCUGUUGCUAGAAGGUCCUUUUUCCUGCCUGUUACCUAGAGCAAGUGGGAAGGGUGAACCCAAUCUGCAAGAGUUUUAUCUUUUAUCUGCUAGAAAUACAUGUAUCACAACUAAGAAUGCAUGUUCCUAUGUGUAGGUUCUACCAACUGUUUACAAAAGCAAGAUGGGGAAAAAAUGCUAAGAUUUCUCAAAUGAAGUGGCAAACGAAAAGUGCCUUGCUUUCUGUUUCCCUUGGAAUGACAGGUAAUUGGAAUGUCUGCUAGAUGGAGUGUACUUAUCUUGAAUCUCACUUUAUGAGACUGAGCAAUUUAUUGAAAUGGUCAGGGCUAAGUCUAUACCUAUAAAUGUCUACUUUUAUAAGGAAGUAUUUUUUUAAGAAUUUACAAUAUGUUGUGGCAAAGAACUGAGUUUUAUAGGCAUCAAGGAGUGUGCAGAACAAAUUUGGCUUAGAAAAUUUGGCUUUGUGAAUUGUAUGAUUUAUUAUUUAUCGUUCUGUUUAUAUCCACUUCAACCUAACAGUGACAAGGCUAGACUAUGUAGACCUUCUCCAAUUUACCUUCUUACUGAAAAUGAGACAAUUGAAAGCCAAGUUAUUGCUUUUCUUUUAUGUGUGUAUUCAUAUAUAUGGAUGUGCUUUCACGUAUCUACUAAGUGGGCAAUUUCAAAUUGGGAGGUGGAAACUAGUGGCAGAAUACAGCCUCAGACUAUGCCAAGCCUUUAGUGCAAACUCUGCUCCUCCAUGUGUUGGACUUAAGCUCCCAAAAAUCCUAGUCAGCUUACCAGCUGUUAGGAAUUAUGGGAGCUGAAGUCCAAAACAUCUGGAGUUUUGAGAAAUACUAGUAUAAUGGAAAGCAAUUCUCAUCUUCUAAAUUCUUAUAUGAUAAAGUACAAAUACACAAGUUACAAUGCGAGGCAAGAAGCAUCAACCUGUACUAACGUUAUUGUCUCUUUGAGGACUACAUAGAAUGAACUGGAUAUUUUGGUAUUUUUACUUUGCUAAUGUACACCAAGUCACAUAUUAUAUUUUAAAAGAAAAUGAGUAUGAAGUGACAUUGCUGAAUUCUUAUGCCUUCAUAGCAUGUACAGGUUGAGUAUCCUUAACAGAAAUGCUUAGGAUCAUAAGUGUUUUGAAUUUUGGAAUACAUGUAUUUGCAUAUACACACAUUAAGAGGUAUCUUGGAGGUGGGACCCAUAUCUAAACAUAAAAUGUCUAUUUCAUAUACACCUUAAAUGUAUAUGCUGAUGGUAAUUUUAUACACAAUGUGUUUAAUAAUUUUGUGCAUAAGUUUGAGUACACUAAACCAUCAGAAAGCAAAGGUGUCAUUAUCUGCCAUCUAGGUGGGCAAUUUUGGGAGGAUUUCAGUAUUCCAGAUAAGGCAUGCUCAACUUCUACAAGGUGGUGGGUUUGGUUUGGGUUUUUAGCACAUAUUGCAAUAUGGACUCUUGAGAAUGUUUGUUUUGCUUUGCAGCUCAAGUGCUAGAUCCAUAAAUCAUGAUACUUCAA